ACAGUGAGGAGCAUUUUAAAACGCCGUGGAACCGUUUGACCUUCAAUACCAUAAGCGGUUCACACAUCAUGAGGCAAGUUCAAUUGGUACUGCUGAUAGUUUACCUUGCACAACAUGGUGCCUGGGCCCAGACGUCAUCUCAAGAACGUUCCGCCGUUACUUCGAACUCAGUCGAAUGUGCAGACAUUGGAAUGAGUAUGCUCGACAAGGGAGGAUCAGCCGCGGAUGCAGCCAUUGCUACCUUGCUAUGCGAAGGUGUUGCGCUUCCUCAGAGCAUGGGCAUCGGUGGUGGAUUCGUGCUCACCAUUUAUAAUAAAGCGACAGGACUCGUUGAGUCGUUAGAUUCGCGCGAAGUAGCACCGGCAGCGGCCAACAAAAACAUGUAUGUCGGCAAAGGGGAUGCUUCAGUUGUUGGUGGGUUAUCGAUAGCGGUACCAGGUGAAAUCAAAGGCUACUGGCAGUUACACCAGAAGUAUGGAAAACUUCCAUGGAAGACGUUGUUCACUCCGGCGAUAGAAUUAUGCACAAAUGGUUCUCUGGUAACAAGCUUUCUGGCGAAGAUAUUGCAGGAACAAAAGGCCGACAUUCUGAGUACGCCAGAAUUAGUCAAAUUAUUCAUAAAUCCUCUUACAAACGAUACCUUCAAGCAAGGAGAUAGAAUCAAGCGGCCAAUGCUGGCUGAAACCUUCAAAGUGAUCGCAGUGGAAGGAGCAAGUGCAUUGUACGAUAGAAAUGGCACCAUUUUACCCAAACUGAUGAACGAUCUGCGUAGGGCAGGAAGCAUUCUGACGGAAAAUGAUUUCUACAAUUAUCGCCCGGAAUGGCUUAAGCCGGCUCAGACGAAACUGAAGAAUAUCUACAAUCUGUACUCUAUGCCACUUCCGGGAAGCGGUCAGGUUUUAAGCUAUAUGCUCUCCAUUCUCGAUGGUUACAAGGACCUAUCGGUGAAUGACCCGUUCACGUGGCAACGAAUAGUCGAGGCUUUCAAGCAUGGUUAUGGUAUGCGUACGAAGCUUGGCGAUCCCCGCUUCGUCCCGAGCGUCAGUACAGUGAUACAGAAAAUGACCAACAAAAACUACGUGGCUUAUGUGCGAGAUUUGAUCUUCAGUAAUAUGACUUUCGAAAACUAUGAUUACUACGGAGCGGACUUUGCAGCAACAAACGAUUCCGGAACAGCGCACAUAUCCGUACUCGCAAGCAAUGGCGAUGCAGUGUCUGUUACCAGCACUAUCAACGCUUUGUUCGGCUCGUUGGUAGUCUCAAACUCGACGGGCAUCAUUCUGAACGACGAAAUGGACGACUUUUCUACACCGGGCCUGAUCAACGUUUAUGGUUUGUCACCAUCGCAGGCGAACUUUAUUGUACCUGGAAAGCGACCGCUUUCGUCCAUGUCGCCAACCAUCAUAGUCGAUCGGAAUGGCGAUGUACGCCUCGUGGUUGGUGGAGCAGGUGGAUCAAAGAUUACCACUUCGGUGCUCAUGCUCAUUCUGCGCACGAUCUACUUCAAGCAGAGCCUUUGCGAUGCCAUAAACGCACCGAGAUUACACCACCAGUUAGCGCCCAUGCAGGUCCAGUACGAAAAAGAGUUCGAUAAGACCCUCAUCUCAGGGCUGGCUUCACGCGGGCACAAGGUAGUCGAGUCCCAGGAUGACUCUGGGUUUGCGGCCUUGACAGCAAUUUUCAAGCGUGGCUCCUACAUUUCGGCAGCAUACGAUCGCCGUAGAGCUGGAAGCGUCGCUAUACGCCCUCGUACAACUGGUAUUGCCAACUGUUACUGA